UUCAUUUACGUAAAUAUUAAACCAAAAUCCCUACGGUUUAAGCUUGAAGUAUUUUCCUGUUGUUUAGGGUCUGGACUGUUGCACGCCACAUGUUCGAUUAAAUUACUCUGAGACUAUUUGGUUUGAAAUUCUGUUUUUGACGGGUUUCCAUAGCUACCAAACAGAAAAUGACAACUUAUUAUCUGUUUAAAUUCCGUUUUAAGUACUGGGUCGUUUAGAAGUUGUGUCCAAAGCUAUUCAGUGAUAGAAACCAAUGUUUGAGUUCUGUUCUAGAAGAUGCCAUUGGGUCAAGUAAAUUAAUGGUUUUGAGUCUCAGAAAGAAACCACAGCCACGCUUGAGAAAAUGCUGCCGCCGCGAAUGAAGCAGGCUGUCAUGGAUAACCCUAAGAAGCUGGCCAAUUUGAUUGACCUUGUUAAUCUUCCCACGCCGUUGAGAGAGUUUAUGGGUCAGUCUCAGACUUCUCGUCUUGGGUGUUUCAUGCAUGUCUGGUCAUAUAUCAAGGAGAACAAACUUCAGGAUCCAAACAACAAUAAUGUGAUCAACUGUGACGGAAAGUUGAGGAGUAUUUUGCUGGGCAAGCCUCAGGUUGAGUUAGCUGAACUUCCAGCAUUGGUUAAGCUUCAUUUCCCCAAGAAACCAAUCUAAAUCGCUACUUGCCUUUUUCCCGUCGAGGCGAACUCUUCGGCAAAGAGCAUCUUCAGAUUAAAUUAUUUCUCUUGAUAUACAAAUCAUGUGACAAGUAAUUGCUUUGUUUCUAUCACCAUUGUAAUUUUCAAAGAAUGUAUUCUUGUUUCAUCAAGGAAUUAAAAGUUGCAUGAUCAUUCCAAAAGAAGGGAAAAGAAAAAAAAAAGUGAA